GAAAAUAAUGAAAGAACAUUUUUUCACACGCGCGUUCGAUAGUGUGCGCGCUUGUGUGCGUGCGUGUGCAGAUUCAUCCGCAGCGUUCAUCGGGAGACAGAUCUGGUGCGUGCAGACUGCCAACAGGACGAAAAAACAGUGUUUGCUGGGAUGAAACAAAAACUCAUCCGCUGGCAGAACGAGCGGGAUAGAGAAGGAUAAGAUGAUGCGCGGGAGGAAAUGGAAUAGUGCGAGAGCGAGAAGCGAUUACAACAAAGGUUGUUACUCUGCCGUAGUAAAGGUGCCCGGUUGCAGCAAGGACGAAUUUUUAUUCAGUUCCAACGAUUGUAAAGGAUCAUUUUCCCAAAAGUCAACACAGGCGCUCGCUGCAGGAUCAACAAAUUCAUUCGUUUCGAAGUGUAUUUGUGUGUGUGUUGUGUCAAGUACGCACAGUCGUCGCUGCAUCAUCAUUGUGGGGUCCGUCUUGUGGCCGUGGUUCGUCCGUUUUGUUCACUGUAGUAAAUUUUAUCAUCUGCCAGGGAGAGGUGGUGUUCGGAUUAGCAGUGUUGGGUUGCUGCUGUGAAUUAAACAUCCUUUCUAUAGGCAAGGUAAAACGAGACGGUGUCCGGUACACCACAUUUAGUGAUGAAAAGUCGUAAUGAAGCUGUGUAGCGGCGGGUGUGAGUGUUUUGACGAAAAAAUACAACCAUCUAGCGUAGCAACGAAUCAUCUUUGUGCGGAUGACAAGAAGAAAACAACUAACAUACUAGUGGUUUGAUUUGAUUUCGGCAUGGCCGUGUAAACGCGGUACCCCAACAGAAACGUAAGCAGUGCGUACGUGUGUGAGCCCUUUUUCCUCGAUUAGUGUGUUAGUGCGCGUGCGUGCGUGAGUGCGUACCGUGUGCUCGCGCGCGUUCCGAGUGUGUUGUGUUCGGUGCUGCUGCGCCGUGCGUGUGUGGCGCCAUUCCGACGUGGUUGCGUGGUGUGUGUAUGUGUGUGUGUGUGUGUGUGGUUUUGCGGUUUUUUUUUCUCUCUCUCGGGUGGUUAAACGAAAGAUAACACACCACAGCCAAGGAGAGAGAAGGUAUGCGCGCGCGUUUUCCUGCUGAUGCUGCCGUACAGUGCUUUGUGAGUUUUGGCGUUACUUUAUCGUAAAGCCGCUGAUUGUGUUUGUGGUGAGAUUGUGCGUGUGUAUGUGUGUGCACACACAUGUGCUUUAAAAAGGGUAGUGCGUGAAUGCACCUUUUCGGUGCGGUACAACGUUCAGCUGGAAAAAAAUGGAAGUUUAACCGUACAUUGGAAGAAUAGUGAAAGAAAACAAAUCAUUGUUACACAAAUACGUUGUAUUACCAGCGGGAGCAGUAACUUUCAUGCUCAUCCUUUGAUUUGGAAGAAAUCAGUAGCAAGGAUAUGGUUGGGCGAAUAUAGGGUGUAUGCCGAAUGAUUGAAAACCCGUCUCAAAAACCGGGACAAGCUGAAUAUUCAUCUUUCCCGCGGCCAAAUUUCACCGCACGCAUGAGGACUUAAAGAAAACAACAACAAAAGAUUUCCGCGAACAAAGUCUCUAUCUACAGCUAUUCUAACCCGAAGCAUUGAGAGCAUUGACGGAAGCACGCUACGGUACGGCGUAUCGUAGGGUGAAAGCACUACCAUCAUCAUUGGCAGUGCGAACGUAGCCAGUGUACAAAACUCUGCUUCGCCUUCCUCAAAAAAACGGCUCGUGAAUGAUGUCCGUGCAGCAGUACUGUCUACGGUGGAACAACCAUCAGCCGAACUUCAUCUCGGUCUUCUCGACGCUGCUGCACAAUGAGAGCCUGGUCGACGUUACACUGGCCGCCGAGGGACGGCAGCUGCAGGCACACAAGGUUGUCCUGUCGGCGUGCAGUUCCUACUUUCAGUCACUAUUCACCGCCAAUCCCUGCCAACACCCAAUCGUGAUAUUGAAGGACGUGCAGUACAACGACCUUAAGACGAUGGUCGACUUCAUGUACUACGGUGAGGUGAACGUGUCGACCGAACAGCUUCCCCAGGUGCUCAAGACGGCCGAAAUGCUCAAAAUCAAGGGCCUGGCAGAGAUGCCGGAUGCGUCCGCCGUCUGUAAGGCGGACCUAAGCAAGCUCGACCCGUCCGAUCUGAUACAGGCGGCGAACGUUAUACCCGGUGCGGCCGGUGAUGCGAUAUGGGGCAGUGCCGAAUCUCAGCAGCAAGCGCAACAACAGCAACAGCAGCAACAACAGCAGCAGCAGCAGCAGGCACAACAUCAUCAGCAGCAAACGCAACAGCAGCAGUACCAACACCAGCAGCAACAGCAGCAACAGCAGCUACAUCAACAAACCCAGCAGCUGAGACGAUCACCUUCCCCCACGACCAACAUGUCACCCGCGGCACGAAGGAAACGGUUACGAAAGACGUCAACCGGUUCCGGUUCCAUAUCGACCGAUCGGUUGCAGCACCAACAGCAGCAGGCGGCUGUGGUCGUAGCGCAACAUCAGGCGGCUGCCGUUGCUGCCGCAGCUGCAGCCGCGGCCGCUGCUCAGCAGCAGCAGCAACAGCAGACGGACGAACAGCACGGCACGAGUGCGGACCCGAGCACACUAAAUCUCGUGCCGCAUCUACACAUCCAGCAGCAGGUGGACAACAUAUCGUACGGUACGGCGACGACGGGGCACGGUGCAUUAGCGCUCGGUGCUGCCGCUGUUGCUGCUGCAGCAGCAGCUGCCGCUGCCGGUAACAAUAUCCGCAUCAUUAAGGAAAGCCCCAGCUCGGACGUUGAUCAGCAGCAGCACGAAUCAUCACAGGAGAGCGUCGAUGAGACGGGCCAUCACAUGCCGAGCAUUAUCAAAACGGAAGACCUGAGUGGGGUCACGCAAACCAUACCGAUGGACAUUUCGACGACACCGGCCGCCGUAAAUAUAACGCAAUCGCAAUCACAGCAUACCGGUGGGCAAUGGACGGUAAUCGAUACGAAUUAUUCGCGGUUUGGCAUUGCGCCGUGUCAGACGAAUUUAGGACUGCAGCAACAGCAGCAGCAACAGCAACAACAGCAGCAACAACAUCAACAGCAGCAACAUCAGCAGCAGGUGCAGCAACAUCAUCAGCAAACGAAUCAACAGCAGCAACAGCAUCAGGGUGAUAGUCAAGGUUUAAGCAGUGGCGGCAAUGGUGCAAACAAUGCUGCUAAUGGUGGCACACCGGGCAGUGGAACGGCUGGAUCGGCCACCGGUAACAACGGGGGGCUAACGAACGCAUCCACCACGAACUCGAACGCCACGACACCGCAACCGACGACACCGGUACAAAUCUAUCAGCAUCCAUUCUCACCCCAGAUCAUAUCGGUCAACCCGAACAGUAUGGUCAACAGCUACCAAUCGUCGAACCUUUCCACACCGACGUCCCCGCAGACGGGUAGUGAUCAGACGACGGGGCUUGUGUACAGUACCGGAACGCCGAAUCAGUCACCGCUCGGUGCAACAACGACCGGUGCAACGUCCGGCACGAAUGCAAGCGGUAAUGCGGGCACGGGUGCCGGUGGCAAUGGUACGACCGGAGGCAACGGUACAACGGCCGGUGGUGGUGGUGGCAGUGGUGGUACCGGUGCAGGAAAUGGUGCAGGAGGUGGUGCGGCUGGGACGGGAACGACUGGCGCUGCCGGUACCGUGCAGCCGGUCAAGCGGAAACGAUCCGUCAAUCCACAAGGUGAUGAAAAUUUCCUGCGAGCACUCGAAGCGGUCCGUUUCGGUGGUAUCGGUUUCUGUAAAGCCGCACGUCUGUACGGCGUUAAUAAUCGUACGCUGUGGUUAGAGUAUAAGAAGCGCGGUUACCCAAUCAGCCGGCCAAGCAUCAAGAAUCGCAUCAAGCUCGAACCGAACAUAUCACCGCCACCGACGGCCACAACACCACCCGGAGAUGAAAAUGCUUCGAUGGAGCACUACGAUACGGCACUAUCUUCCCCCGCUCUCAAUAUGUCCCUACAACAACAGCAGCAGCAGCAGCAACAGCAGCAGCAACAACAGCAGCAACAGCAACAACAGGUUCAGCAACAUCAAGCUACGCAGCAACAAGUCACCGCAGCGCAGCAAACGCAACAUCAGCAGCAAGCACAGCAGCAAGGCAAUGAUACAACGAAUGCUGCUGCGGCAGCUGCUGCCGCCGCUGUCGUUGCUGCCUCUUCCACCACUCCCCUUAUGUGCCCGCCGCACGGACAUCCGAUGGGUGUGAUGGGUUUUCUCGAUACACGGCAUGUCGAUUUUACGACCACGGCCAGCCUACAUCAAAUGUCCCGCCAGCGAUAUCCGGACACGGCUACCGUUAAUAUGAAUACCGGUGCAGUGAACCUGCAAGGGCUAAACUUUAACUCCAUGUAAGGAGACGGGUGGCUUCGUGUUGUGACCGUAAGCAAUGGUGGCGAUUGCGGUGGUGGCGGUACUAUCGGAGAUGGUGGUACGGAUCAGGCCAUUCUGGCACUUGGCGGUUGUCCCACUACUACGGAGCUUACCGAAACGUAGUGGCUGGACGUGAUCUGCCGCCAGGCAUUGAACUUCAUUGUCAGUGCGCGCAACAAUUGAAGCCACAUGAAGCUCUACAGCGUACGGUGUAACAAUUGUACGUGGUGGAAGAUCAUCUCUUUUUUUCGUACGAUCCCAUCCAGUCGGAAAGUUAUAGCUUCUUCUACGAGGGAUACGAAGUUUCGAAGCUCUUUUGUAUUACUGAGAGUAUGACAAGUUCAUGGGGAUAUCGUUGUAUGCCAAUGGGAAAUUAGUUUCAAUUAAUUAAUUGUUUGAAUGGUGUACACAUGUUUGUAAGCAUAUUCUUUUUGUUUCUAUAUCCAAUCGAAAGGUUUUUUUUGGACACAGAGAUUUUUUCUUUCAUGGAACCCUUUCUUUUCAAUUGUAAAAUCCAUUUUCGUCAUGCCCAGUGUGGAUUCGAUUCGCAAGCUAUUUAUCUUAAAUCCCUCCGUUAUCCUUCCCCCGAAUAAUAGCAUCCCCUCCUCCCUUAAUGCCUUCCAUAAUUCGUUCGAUAAAGGAAUGUAUGUGUUGUGUGUGUAUGUAUAGGUAUUGUGUGUGUUAGUCUUUCUUGUACGUUGUAUGUGUUAAAGCAAGUGAUCCAUCUACGUGUAAAAAAUAUUAUUUAUGUUGUCAUUUAUGGGGAGAAACGUGAGACUUUGGUUCGACUUUGGGGGCAUGCUUGAUGCGGCUGGAUGAAACGGAAAGUGUAUAGAAGCUGCAAAUGGUAACAGAACGUAACGAGUGAAAUGUAUCGAGUUUCUAAACAAAAAUCAUGUAUUUUAAGCAUCAAACAGACAAAAACACUUUCGGAAUCCUAGCUCCCCGAAUGAUAAAAAGAAUGUCUUGUGAGAAGCAGGGAUACGACAAACAGAUAGAUGUAAAAUUAGUAGUAGUAAAAGGUAGUAAUAAUGAAGAUAAUGUAGUGAAAAGAAAAAAAACAAGAAAAAAAAAUCAUAGCCAUGAUACGAUCAAUGCACAGCGGGUGAAAAGGGCGAUCGCAAGAGAUAAAUGUCGAACAAAAAACAAAAGUUGUAUAGUAAAAUAAAACCCAAAACGAUGGUGAAUAGUAUUUUUGUUAACUCUUUUUUAGCAGUUUAUACUUGUAUAUUGGUGGGGUGUUGAGAAAAAAAAAACAAUAAACACCGCACAACUUAAAGUCAGUCUUGUGCGAAAUGAUCAAGACAUUAGGAAGUAAUAGAGAGAGAGAGAGAGAGCGAAUGAAAGAAAUAGUAGUUUAGAAUUAAGAGUGAAAGUAAAGCAGGAGCAAAAACAGAGAUAAAAUGAGAACAAAAACAAAAAGUUAUACACACAGUCAUCGAUAUGCAUGCGAAGUUUAAACGAGAAAUAAUCAAUUAACAGGUGCAGAAUAUAACUGAUGAUUCUUGUAUCGACAAGCUGUGGUAGUGUAAAGCAAAUCAUCAUAACAUGGUGAGAAAACACACACAUAUUCACUUCGAACGAUAAUACUAGUAAGAAACAGAAACAUGAAACAUCAUUCAAAAAUACUUUAAAAAGGAUAAAAUGGUAACAAGCAUGAAAACAGGUAAAAGAAUAUCAUUAAAAAGCAUUUUGUGACGAAACAAAAAGACAUUUACUUGGAACAAAAAAGAAGGUAGUGAAAAGAAGUAAAAGAUGUUAGAACAGCGAACUAAACAAAACACAAAUAAACAAUGAAGGGAAAUGUAAGUAAGGUAAAAUGCGUGAGGUGGAAAAACGGUGCGAAAAGAAUUUGUAUAAAUCAAAAAGAUUAAACUUUCGGUAAGUUUGUUGUAAUAUAAACAAAACAAAAAAAAAAACAGUCGAAGUAAACGGCAUAGUUGAAUGUGGAUAAGAGCACUUUUCGCUUGGUGGAAGAAAGUGCAUAGUCAAGCAGCUGUAAUGUGAAAUGGGUGAAGUGUUUAAAGCAAAACAGCAAACUGAACAAACAAUCCUAAUUUAAUUUGAAAUCGUGGGACGGAAGAAGAAGCAAUUCAAAGCAUGUGACACAAACAAAAGCAUAUAAAAAAGAGAAAAUUGAUUGUUGUAAGGAAGUAGACAUUAGAACAAUGUCGAGUCAAACGGUGAAACGAAAGGUUAAGUAAUUAAGCAAAAAAUGCCAUUCUCGUAUCAGUUUGUUUAAGAAACACAUGUACACAAACAUUACAAGAAAAAAAAAACACAUAAGGAAGCAAAUCACAAACAACAAACAUACCAGAAAACAAUUAAGUGAAAAAAGAAAAUGAAAAAAGCGAAAGAAAAAAAAAAGUACAGGACAGAAUGAAACGAUAAAAGUGAACAAAUACACUACACGUACGCGUUCUGUGAAGAAAUAAGUAUUUACUUAUGUGAGUAAUUUAAAUAAAUUGAAGCAAACUGAAAAUA